ACUGAAUGUAGAGUAAAGUGCUUUGGGGUCCAUAGGGACUAAGUAAAGCGCUAUACAAAUACAGGCCAUUUACCAUAUAGUAUCAUCAGCACAAAGCAGUUAUUAUCAAUAUGUCCUGAAACACAUUUCACACAGUUUUACUCUACUCACCUUAAACUAUAAGUUAUCUAUUUCCUUCCAAUCUACAUCACUUCUUUUUUUUUACUGGACAUGACAAUAUAACGACAAUUAAAACCAUAAAAAAGAAUCUUACUCAGUACUGGUGUAAACUUUUAAAAAACCCUAACACAGAGAAAAAAAGUCUUUCUUGAGUCAAUCAGAUGAGAAGAGACAAUGGCGUGUUUGUUUAUAGUAUUGUUUCAUAGAUGGGUGUCCUUGCUGGAUUCCGGGAAAGGAACAAAACUUCCUCUGCUGCAGUCGCAGUCUCAGUGAAAGCAGACAGGCUCUCGGCGUGAGUGCAUCAUGGAGAGACCUGUUGCGGUGUCGGUGCGCAGGAGUCCCUCACUACCAGAUUACAACACCUCGACCUCCACCUUGGCCUUUGACCAGCAUUUCACUACAACUCUCAAAGGAAUUCUCCUCCAGGCUGAGAUAAUAUGUGGCAUGUUAGUGUGGAUUCUGGUUGGGGGUACAGACUAUUUUCAUCUGCCUGCUCUCUGCUGGGUGAUGUUUCUUUCCAUCUUGUUCUGGAUUCUAACAGUUAGCCUGUUUAUAAUUUACCUCACUGGAGUCCACAACAGGAUACCACAGGUCCCCUGGACCACACUGUCACUGUGCAUUAAUUGCAUUGCUACUGCACUAUAUCUUGUGACAGCAGUAGUAGAUGCUCUCUCCGUCAACCAGGACGUCAGGGGGCGACACAACUAUAACUGCUGGGCGGCAUCAGCGCCGUGCAACCAGUGGUCUACAUACAAGCAGUUUGAGAAGAUAAAGCAGUGA